GGCUGGGAAAGUUGAGGCCGUGCUGCCGCCGGGUCUCCGGCCUUGAAGGCUCGGGCUCGCAGCUGCGGCAGUGGCCGCAGGAAGAGGCGGCGGGGGCGGGGGGAGAGGAGGGCCUGGGCCCGCGCUCCCCCAGCCCCAGAGGAGCAAGCGGCGGCCGCAGACUGAGAGAUUCGCCCGGGCGGUCGGACAACCCUGUGGAACCCGCUUGGGAUCAUGACCCAGGCUGGGGUCGCCGCCGCCGCCGCGGCCGAGCCCAUGCAGCCCCGGGUAAGAAGAAAACAUAACUUAUAGACCACCUUCUGGCAGAAGAUGAUAGAUUUGGAUCAGAAACGGGAGGCGUUGGAAGCCAGGAAUCAAAAGUGAAGAAAUUCUGCAAGCCCUUGGGUGAGAAAGGUUCCUAUCACUGUAACCAUGCCAGAAAUGACAGAGAAUGAGACUCCUACAAAAAAGCAGCACAGAAAGAAAAAUCGGGAGACACACAAUGCAGUGGAGAGGCAUAGAAAGAAGAAAAUCAAUGCUGGGAUAAACAGAAUAGGAGAGCUGAUCCCAUGCUCCCCUGCACUGAAACAGAGCAAGAAUAUGAUCCUGGACCAAGCCUUUAAGUAUAUAACAGAAUUGAAAAGGCAAAACGAUGAACUCCUGCUUAAUGGAGGAAACAAUGAACAAGCUGAAGAAAUUAAAAAGCUACGUAAACAACUGGAAGAAAUUCAAAAAGAAAAUGGCCGAUAUAUUGAAUUACUGAAAGCAAAUGACAUAUGUUUAUAUGACGACCCCACAAUCCACUGGAAAGGAAAUCUUAAAAACUCAAAGGUCUCUGUUGUUAUUCCCAGUGACCAGGUUCAAAAGAAUAUCAUUGUUUAUUCCAGCGGGAGUCAGCCUGGUGGAAAUAGCCAGGGAACAGCUGUUCAGGGGAUAACCUUUAACGUUGGGCAUAAUUUACAGAAGCAAACUGCCAAUGUGGUACCAGUACAGAGGACUUGCAAUCUUGUGACUCCUGUGUCUAUUUCUGGAGUUUACCCUUCUGAAAACAAGCCAUGGCAUCAGACCACGGUUUCUGCAUUGGCUGCCAACCAGCCUGUUCCUCUUUGUCUUCCUGCUACCAUUUCUGCUCAAAAUAUUCUUGAGAUUUCCACCUCCGAAAGCGAGUCGAGUGUGCUUGGUGCCAGCAGUGGCUCACUGAUGACUGUCCCUGUCGGGCCUGUACCACCCCAGCAUCAUUCAUUGCACACAUGUCUAAAGGAUCAAAAUUCUUCUGAAAAUAAGAAUGGGCAAGAGAGCCCCAAAUUAUUGAAGAAAACAGUCCCUUGUGCCACAGGCAUCUCCCCCAGCUGCUCAGCAACUGCCACUAAAGGACACCAAGGAAGCAAGUCCUGCCUGGGCGUACAGGAGUGCAGAGGUGACUUUCAAACCACCUCUGUUGUUUCCGUUACCACGACAGUCUGCUCCCAGCCUCCAAGAUCUGCAGGUGAUUCUUGUCCAGCGAGCAUUAGCAAGGGUGCAGACUUGACAAGUGUUACUGCGGUGGUGGCCCCGUCUGCCCCUGGAGGAGAGGAGACCACCACCCCUGUGAGCACCCUUUCUGCAAACCCUGUGGACAGUGGUUGGACUCUUUCUUGUUCUUUGCCUUCUUCAGCUGUUAGUGCUUCAGAUUUGAAAAACAUUAAUAGCCUUACCCGAAUUUCCUCAGCUGGAAACACGCAGACGACGUGGACUACUUUGCAACUGGCGGGAAACACUAUUCAGCCCUUAAGCCAGACACCAUCUUCUGCUGUGACUCCGGUAUUAAAUGAGUCUGGUACUAGCCCCACCACGGCCAACCACAGUAGAUGUGUGGCUACAGGCGUCAACUUGAAUAAUUCCUUUCCAGCAGAUGGGCAGCCAGUUGAGCAAGUAGUUGUAACCUUGCCUUCUUGUCCAUCUUUACCUAUGCAGUCACUGAUUGCCCAGCCACAAGUUAAAUCUCAGCCUCCAAAAAGUAUCCUUCCAUUGAAUUCAGCAAUGCAAGUGAUUCAGAUGGCUCAGCCAGUUGGGUCGGCUGUUAACGCAGCUCCUGCUAAUCAAAACGUUAUCAUUCUUCAGCCACCCAGCACCACCCCGUGCCCAGCAAUGAUGAGGGCAGAGGUUCCCAACCAAACAGUAGGUCAACAGAUAGUAAUCAUACAGGCAACUAAUCAGAACCCUUUGCCACUCCUCUCCGCUCCACCUCCUGGUUCUGUUCGACUCCCUGUCAAUGGAGCCAGUGCUAUCAUAGGGUCUAACAAUUCAGUGCAAAAUGUUUCGACCCCACAGAGUUUUGGAGGAAAGCACCUUGUCCACAUAUUACCAAGACCUUCAUCUUUAUCAGCAUCUAAUUCAACACAGACUUUUUCUGUAACCAUGUCAAACCAACAACAGCCUCAAACGAUUUCUUUAAAUGGACAGCUCUUUGCUUUGCAGCCUGUGAUGUCUUCAUCAGGAACUACAAGUCAAACCCCUAUGCAAAUUAUUCAACCCACCACCAGCGAAGAUCCAAAUACCAAUGUUGCCCUGAAUACAUUUGGCGCUUUGGCCAGCCUCAAUCAAAGCAUAUCGCAGAUGGCUGGGCAAAGCUGUGUACAACUGUCUGUUAGCCAGCCUGCCAAUCCUCAAACUGCUGCAAAUAGUCAAACCACCCCAGCUAACUGUGUUGCAUUAACAACAGCUGUAGCAUCUCCCAUGACAACGGAGAAUUCAGCCACACUACCCAGUACGUAUAAUCUAGUGACCACUCCCUCAAUGAACACUGUAGCUUGUUUGCCUAACCUGAAGCCCAAAAGGCUGAAUAAGAAGCCGAGUGUCAAGAAACACGUAGCCACUAAUAAGUCAGCCUGCACCCUGAAUCCAGCCAGAGAUGUGGGUAAGUUAGACUGCCCCAGCACCGAAGGCUCCACAGAGCCAUCGUGUAAUGAUGGACUUCUGGACAGCCUCCCUGGUGUGUUACCAUCGGUCACUAUGUCCCAGGUAAAUAGUGUGAGUGUUUCUGGCUCACAUUCUUUGGAUGUUCUGAAUUCUGAAUCAGUGAUACCUGAGUCCGUACCCAAAUCUAAGUCAGCAGAAGAGUCUAGCUCAUCCUCCCAAGAAUCCGUAACAAGUGAACAUUUUACAAUGGCCCCAGCAAAAUCCAAAGAUUCUCUCCCCGUUUUGCAACGAGAGACAUCUCAGGAUAAGCCAGCAGCUAGUUUGGCAUUGCCAGCUGCUGCCAAAUCCUGCACUUCAGCCAACGUGUUGAUUUCGUCUGCAAACGAUCCCCACGUUUUGGUUUCUCAGGUUUCUGAUUUGUCGUCUGCCACGAGCACUGCAAGUACUGACUGUGUUUCUGAGGUAGAAGUCAUUGCUGAACCUUGCAGGGCUGAGCAAGGUUCAUCAGCUACAGUGCAAACCACAGGUCUCUUAAAGGGGCAGGGUUUAACUGCACUGCUCUCUGGUCUUGCUAAAGAAAAAGACCCUCAGAAAUCACCUCUUUCAGUCCAGGUGGACCAUCCUGACUUUUCUUCAGAAAAUUCUAAAAUAGUCCAUUCAAGUGUUGAUUUACAUCCCAAACAGGAGCUAUUACUGAUGAGCAGUGAGGACAGAGAUCCAGGACAGCAUCAUUCCUGUAUCUCUGAUCAGGAGGUUAUUAAUGGUUCUUUGCUCACCAGUAGGCAGGCUGACUCCCCCAUGUCAACCAGCUCUGGCAGUAGUCGUAGUUUCUCAGUUGCAUCCAUGCUUCCUGAAACAACUAGAGAGGAUGUCACCAGCAGUGCAACGACUAAUACGUGUGACAGCUGUACCUUUGUAGAGCAAACUGAUAUAGUUGCUCUUGCAGCAAGAGCUAUUUUUGACCAGGAGAACCUUGAGAAGGGAAGAGCUGGCGCCCAGGCUGAUAUGAGGGACGUUCCUUCAAAGCCUUCCGAAGCAUCCUCUUUAGAGGGAGACCAGCCUUUCAAAACCCAGAUAUCUAAAGAGAAUGGCCCGGGACAGGCAGAAGCGACACCAAAUGAAUUUAAUUCUCAGGAGUCAAUUGAAGCAACUGUGGGUCGGCCCCUUGAAAAACCAAGUUGUUCUAUAGGGAUGAAAACAUCAAAUGCCUCUUUACAGGUUUCGACUUCUCAGCCGCCAAGCAUCACCAGUUUAAGUGUGAAUAAUCUUAUCCAUCAGAGCAGCAUCAGCCAUCCUCUGGUCAGCUGCGCUGGUUUAGCCCAGACUUCAGAGCCAACAGCUGUUCCUGCCACGGUUAAUCUGACGGUUUCAUCCAGCUCCUAUGGCAGUCAGCCUCCUGGCCCAUCUCUGAUGACCGAAUACUCCCAAGAACAGCUCAGUACCAUGGCCGGUACCAUACCAAAUCCACAGAUUCAGGAGCCACUCUUAAAGCCAAGUCACGAAAGCCGUAAAAACUCUGCUAAGCGUGCUGUCCAAGAUGACCUUUUACUCUCUUCAGCUAAACGUCAAAAGCAUUGUCAGCCGGCUCCCCUCCGGCUUGAAGGUCUGUCCCUGAUGAGCCGAACUCCAGACAGCAUUUCCGAUCAAACUCAAAUGAUGGUUAGUCAGAUCCCUCCCAACUCGUCAAACUCAGUUGUACCUAUUAGCAACCCAGCACAUGGAGACGGCCUUACGCGGUUAUUCCCACCUGGUAACAACUUUGUGGCCCCUGCGUUGAGGCAAACUGAGGUUCAGUGCAAUUCGCAGCCUUCCGUGGCUGAGCAGCAGCAAACGCAGGCCAGCCAACAUCUGCAGGCCCUGCAGCAGCAUGUGCCAGCUCAAGGGGCGCCUCACCUGCAUAGUAACCACCUCUACUUGAAGCAGCAGCAGCAGCAGGCGGGGCAGUUAAGAGAGAGGCAUCACUUAUACCAGCUGCAGCAUCACGCACCUCACGCAGAGAGCUCUGUCCACGCUCAGCCCCACGUCCACCAACAGAGAACCCUGCAACAGGAAGUCCAGAUGCAGAAAAAGAGGACUCUUGUCCAGGGCACUCAGGCCUCUCAGCUUCCUCUACAACCCAAGCACCAUGGAACUGACCAAUCCCGACCCAAGAGCGGUCAGCCACACCCCCACCAUCAGCAGAUGCAACAACAGAUGCAGCAACACUUUGGAAGCUCCCAGCCAGAGAAAAGCCGUGAAAAUCCUUCCACAAGCCGCAGUCACCAUAACCAUCUCAGUCAAGACAUCAUGCACCAGCAGGAGGUGGGGAGCCGGCAGCAAGGUGCGGGGCUUUCUUCUGAACACGUAUCUGGGCAUAAUCCAAUGCAGAGGCUUCUGACAUCAAGAGGCAUAGAGCAGCAAAUGGUGUCCCAACCGAGUAUCGUGACGAGACCUUCAGACAUGACUUGUACUCCACACAGGCCAGAGAGAAAUAGAGUUUCAAGUUACUCUGCGGAGGCACUCAUUGGAAAGACAUCUUCCAACUCAGAGCAGAGAAUGGGUAUAUCGAUUCAGGGUUCCAGAAUUUCAGAUCAGCUUGAAAUGAGAAGCUACCUUGAUGUUCCCAGAAAUAAGAGUUUGGCCAUUCAUAAUAUGCAGGGUCGUGUGGACCAUACUGUUACCUCAGAUAUCCGCCUUUCUGACUGUCAGACAUUUAAGCCAAGCGGAGCCAGUCAGCAGCCCCAGAGUAAUUUUGAAGUACAGUCUUCAAGAAAUAAUGAAAUAGGUAACCCUGUGUCAUCCUUGAGGAGUAUGCAGUCCCAGGCCUUUCGAAUUAGUCAAAACCCUGGUCCACCACCAAUUGACCGCCAAAAGAGAUUACCUUACCCACCAGUUCAGAGCAUCCCAACAGGAAAUGCUGUCCCACCAAGGGACAGUGAAAAUACAUGUCACCAAAGUUUCAUGCAGAGUUUACUUGCCCCUCACCUGGGUGAUCAGGUCAUUGGGAGCCAGAGAUCACUGCCAGAGCAUCAGAGGAAUACACAGUGUGGUCCCUCCUCUGCAAUCGAAUAUAAUUGUCCCCCAACUCAUGAAAGUGUCCAUAUUAGAAGAGAGAGUGAGAGUCAGAAUAGGGAGAGUUGUGACAUGUCCCUGGGUGCAAUUAACACCAGGAACAGCACUUUGAAUAUUCCGUUUUCGAGUUCUUCUUCCUCAGGAGAUAUUCAAGGUCGAAACACAAGUCCCAACGUUUCUGUACAGAAGUCCAAUCCCAUGAGGAUUACUGACAGUCACGGGACCAAGGGCCACAUGAACCCUCCAGUCACAACCAACAUGCAUGGGGUUGCAAGGCCAGGUUUGCUGCAUCCGUCUGUGUCUCACGGAAAUGCUGACCAAGGGCCUCCUGUACGUCAAACUAGUUCUUCAGUUCCCCAGCGAUCAAGGCAUCCCUUGCAGGACAGCAGUGGUUCCAAAAUUCGUCAACCUGAAAGGAAUCGCUCUGGAAACCAAAGACACAGUAAUGUCUUUGAUCCAAGUCUUCCCCAUCUUCCUCUGUCUACUAGUGGCAGUAUGAUUCUCGGACGCCAACAACCCGCUACAGAAAAGAGAGGAAGUAUUGUUCGUUUCAUGCCCGAUGGCCCACAAGUACCUAAUGAUAAUUCAGCGCCUGACCAGCAUACACUAUCACAAAAUUUUGGUUUUCCGUUUAUUCCUGAGGGUGGCAUGAAUCCACCAAUAAAUGCGAAUACUUCUUUCAUUCCACAGGUUACUCAGCCUAGUGCCACUCGAACUCCAGCCCUCAUCCCUGUAGAUCCCCAAAAUACUCUCCCCUCCUUCUAUCCCCCGUACUCUCCUGCUCAUCCUACACUGUCCAAUGAUAUUUCAAUCCCCUAUUUUUCUAAUCAAAUGUUCUCGAAUCCUAGCACAGAGAAGGUAAACAGUGGAAGUUUGAAUAACCGAUUUGGAUCAAUUUUAUCUCCUCCCAGACCUGUUGGUUUUGCUCAACCAAGUUUUCCUCUUCUCCCUGACAUGCCCCCAAUGCACAUGACCAACUCUCACUUAUCCAAUUUUAAUAUGACAUCUUUGUUUCCAGAAAUAGCUACAGCUCUCCCUGACGGCUCAGCAAUGUCACCUUUGCUUACGAUAGCAAACUCCUCUGCCUCGGACUCUUCCAAGCAGUCCUCAAACAGACCUGCCCACAACAUAAGCCAUAUUUUAGGUCAUGAUUGCAGUUCAGCUGUUUAAAUACUGACUGACUGUACAUAAAUGUAAUGGGUGAGAUUACAAAUGUAUUUGUGUGUGUAUUCACACAUGUGCACAGGAAGAGAGAGAGUGUGUGAGUGUAUCUCCUUGUGUUUGUAUAAUCAAUUGUCAGUUAUCUUCUGAAUGUAGGGAAGCCGUGUCAGAGAUGAGGCAAAUACUGGGUCGUCGAAAACAAAUUAUCUUUCAUUUUUAACUGCAUGGUGUACUUUUUAAAUUUUCCAAGCAGAUUUACAUUUUCAAGUUUGAUCUGUAAUCUGACAUUCCCUAGAUAUUAAUCGGCUGGAAGUUGAGGGAGAUCAUCUUGGUGUGUCCUGGGUGGUAGGAAGGAACCUAGAUUUUAAACUUGAUUGUUGAUAAUUUGUAAAAUAGUUGAGCUGAUUGAGUUGCUUUCCAAAAAUACAGACAGUUCGAUGUAACACAAUGGCUCAUAACCAAGUACGGGCCAGUGUCAGCAUCUAGAACAGUUUCUUACCCAUGGCAGGUGUUGAAUUAAUGUAGAAUGAAUGUCCAUGAUUCAAGUCAAGCAGUUAGCAAAUAAAUGAGUUGUUUAAUCAACCUGUGUUCCCAAGGUUUGGUUUAGGUAGAGGCUUCUUUCUUAAUUAUAACAAUUCAUAAAUUAUCUGAGUGUCAUGUCUUGUUCUCCAAAUUAGGGAGCCAUGUUAUCCUUUAAUGUGCCAAGAUCCUGUAAAAGCAAAGGUCUUCCUUAAACAAGUAGCCUUAAAAGUGGAAAGCUAAAAAGCAGAGUACAUAGAUGUUCUCCAUUUUGUACUUGCAUUUUGCAUCAGGCCAUAAGGAUAAAAGCAGUUGUAUUGUGGAGUUUUGCAUGUGUUCAGUUAAAGAUUGUUUGAUCCAUUGAGUUUUGUUGUAGAAUUCUCUUCUAUUUAUUUGAUCUUGAAAUAAGUUCUUUUAUAUUUGUUUAAUCAUUAGGGACUGAUCAGUAAAUAGCGUGUUUGGAAUCUACACAGUUAUUUGAGCCUUACUUUUAAAAUAUUUCUGAACAGAGUCUUAAGCUCUGUCAGUAUUUUCAUUACUGAUAUUUAUAUUUAAAAUAUGGCAUUGUAUAUUGCAUUAUUACCCUUCAUAGUAGAAUUACAAUGAGAAGAUGAAUUUGUUCAUUAUUUUUCCUGAUGGUAGAUGUGAAAUGGUGCUUCAAAACCUUGUCUUUGCAUAUGUCCACGUGUGUGAGCGUGUGUGUACUCGGACAUAGAUUUUAAAGUAUAAACUGGCUCUUUAAAAAUAGGCCUGCCACCUGAAAAUGAGGAAUUGGGACCUGAGGCCUGCUGAAGUGUAGAAGAACUUGAUGUAGCGUUUUUUAAAAGCCCCGCUGAAGUUAAUAAUGAAUUUUAAAAAUAUAUUCAAAAUUCAUGAAUUGAAUUUUGAAAACUUAAUUAAAAAUUAAGAAAACAUAUGUACUCACAUUCUCAAGCCCAUUAAUUUUCGUUGUUGUUAUAGUCUGCCAAAAAUGGGAUGGAGUGGGAGAUAUAAACUGUUCUGUCUACUCUGUUAGCAAAGUGAACCCACGGACCAGAAUUUUGUGUUUUUUUCCUUAAAAAAAACCUCCUAAGGCUUGGUUAGAGCAGUUAACUCCAGUGAAUACCUCUAUUAAAGACUCAGCAAAAGGGUCAUCUGUGCCU